UUCACCUCAUGGUCAAAUAAAUCAAAAAUGGGUGGCGGAUCAGUCCUUGUUUGGUCCACGCUUCACUGACCGUUGCUUUCCUUUGCCAUCGUGUCUCCAAUUCAGGCUCUGGGCCCUGGCAGCACCAUGGAGUCGAAACUCUCGCUGUUGACCUUCGGGGAUGACCGCCGUUCGCUGAACCAGAGUCCUUCAGCCCUACGAGCUCUCACUUCAUCCCGCCUCAGUCGGACACGACCACGACGAGACUCUUGCUCCACGAGUUCAUCAUCCUCAACCCGCUCCUCCAUUGACUCCACCGGCUCAUCCUCAUGCGUCACUCGCACCGUCACCCCGGACCAAUGUGCACUGCACAGGUUCAUUGUCUGGGCCGCCGUCCAGCGCAACACCUCCCAGAAAAUGACAGCGGCUGAUCGUCUCGAAUGUCCGCUACUGCGCUGCCGCAAGAGGUUUCCGAAUCACGAGACCAUGUUGAGGCACCUGUACGCAUGCGACCAGCUCUUUACUGGCGAGUACUGGUGUUAUGAAUGUGGAAAGGCCGAGAAGUUCAACGACGGGAAGUGCAAACGCUGCCUCGGCCACCCGGGAAAGAGACGUAGGAUCAUGUCCGUUGCGAAGAACUUCUUCUCCUCGUUAGGGCAACGGUCGAAAACCAACCAUGUGUCAGACAUCGACAUGAAGGAUGUAUCCGACAUCGCCGUCCUUCCACCACCCAGCUAUGAUUCUUGCAUUCAACCUCAACAAGUUGAGCUAUCCUCGUGCACCGAAAUCUUGGAGAUUGACUCCGUCGAGGUGCCUCUUCCAACACCGAUGGAUGUCCAUCGUUGCAUCUUGGAGAGCGAGCCCGCGGUAUCAUUGGCCAUGGGGGCGGCAGGCCUGGAGUCGACCGUGCCCGUGUUGCCUGACCCAUCGUUCGACUGGCCUUUGCAGAACUGCCUCUAUACAAAUGACAGUAUCAUGGGCAAAUCCGACCGGCCAUCGCUGUCUCUACACACCUACGGUCUCGAACAGCAUCGGAAACAGCACCAACCCACUGCCCGAACUAAAAAUCUCUCCCCCAGCAAUUCGCUCAGAUCGAACGCCAGUACCGACACGACAGCUAGUUACCUCGUCUCGCCUGCUUCUGCUUUCAGUGGUGCUUGGACGACCGCCGAGACUAGCCUCACUUCGCCGACCUCUGAUGGCAGCUCGGGGGGACUACUCUCCCGAGGCUGCUCCAAUGCGAGUCGCUACUCAAACUACAGCAUGCCGUCGCAUGCCUUCAUCUCGGAACUGCCAGCAGACGAUAUCAUGCUCCAGCCGCUUCCUACGUUUCUCCCGGACGACUUGAACUGCGACCAACAGCUCCCACUUCUGGAAAGUUCAGAUGCGGCACUUCGCCCGAACGAGAACGGCGCGGUCGCCCCUGAACAGAUGUCUGACGCUUCGGGUCUGGUGAUAGCAACAGACACGGCCAUCCCUGCCCAUGCUGUCGAUGCCAACUCUCUUGUCGGAUCAGCGUGGGACACGCUAAAGACCCAUAUCACUUCAUCCCUAAGAAAACUGCGGCACCUAACCCACAAUCCUCUUGUGGGACAAUUGCAAAGCAUAUCAUUACAGGAAAUAGCCAACAGGGGCCUCUCUGUGCUCAAGGUUCUGCUUGAGGGUGGCCGUUCGACUAGCAGCGUUGACAUGCUCUGCUUCAUCCACGUUACCUACUCGCUUUCUCUCAUUGUGCACGAAGACGACGCGCGCAACCGUUCAAAGCAGCUCUUUGCGCAAGCCUUCUAUUACAGUAAUUGGCUAGCUGCAGGGGAGCGAACAGAUUAUGCCGAAGUGGCGUCUGCGAUCUGGCAGCCAUUGGAUCUGUCGCUCGGUGAAUUGGACGAACUGAUAUCAGAGCGAGAUGGGCGUGUAUCUCUGACGCCACCAAGUCUGAAAGGCAAGGAGUCAGCCUCUCCCCCUUCUGGAAAUCAAUUGAAAAGGGACAUUUUGUUGGAAGUGGCGCGCUUCUUCUUGGACGAGCUGGAACACGCCGUCUUGCCUAGCAAGAAUCUUGAGUCGACCGAGGUCCUCAGCUCUAUGCUAUGGACAAAACACUCUGUGGAUACUACCGACAGUUCGACCCUAAACAGACACCUCGCUGCCAGUUUUAGAACGUGGCGGUGCGAGAUUCGCCGCGAUUUCAGUCAUGCUGAGAACCUUGAUCCGAACAUAAAGCGGAUUCAGAUGCGCAUCGACAAUGGAAGCAUUCGUAGCGCAAGGAGGGCGGAGUUGGAGCUGAUGCAGGCGGGCAAGGGAUGCGUGUCAAUGCAAGAAUACUUCGACAGCUACGUCCCCAAGGUAAGAGAGCUGUCUGACUGUUUCUACCACCAGCACUUGCUAGAGGAGAUGCAACGGACAUCGUACCAUGUAAACGGUGUUGAUCUCGCCCGAACCAUCUUUUCCGGUAUCUGGGAAAAGGAGGCGAUCAAGCACGCCAAACAGGGUACCGCCAAUGUGGGUGGCGAGGCGGCCCUCGAAGAAUUCAUCAGAAACACAACAACAGCGCUCGAUGACCCGUGGGAGAGUUUUCUCCUGGCGCCGGAGGAUCCGCUUGUCAUGCCGACGCCCCUGCCUGACACUCAGCGGGCGAUGAAUGACGCGGAACUCGCGAACGCUAUCUCGCUAUUCUACGAGACCGGCGAGAGCUCCACGAAGGAGAUUUUGCAGACGUCGCUCACACCAACCAACUUUUGUACCGCGCCGCCCGAAGAGUCUGUGCAAGCGUCUCUUAGUAGCACGGGGCAGAAGUUGGAGGUGAAGGCUAGCGAUUGUUGCGAGAUUUGCGGAUACCAACCAAAGGGCGACCCCCAGUGGUUCAAGGGCAGCAUGGCGAAACAUAAGAAGCUGCAGCACUCAAUGGCGCCUCCCAAGAUCUACCGGUGUCCGUACCCCGGCUGCACGAGCCAGUACAAGCAUCGACCGGAUAACCUGAAGCAGCACCAGCAAGACAAGGGCCAUUUUGUGGACGGACCAACGGAGCGGAGGCCUAGCAAGAGGAAGAAGAGAAACGAGUGAUAUACAUGUCGACUCCCUGUCGCAUGAGGGCUCUUGGAUAUAGAACGUGUGGUGAAAUUAUAUUUUGGCGCAUAAAGGUGGAGCAAAAGAUACCAUGUUGCAUUGUGGAAGCUUCGUAGUAGGGAAGUCAUAAGACAAUCAGGUCUUGCCAGUCUAGGGAAGAAUCAUUGUAGUAUACGGGGAAUGAUCAUAAUCAAGAGUGAUGGAUGGUGCUGGAUUCAGCGCCGAUGGAACCAGUGUUCAGCUAUCAUCAUGCUGGAAGAAGCGAAGGUCGACCUUACCUAGUUUCCUCAUCCCCAAACGUGUUGAUGGAACUGAUAGUCAUGACACGUCGCACUGGUGACGAGGCUUUGCAUGCCGGACUUGAAUUAAAGAGUUAUACAUACAUGCCUGCAAGUGCCUGCAAGAGUAAGAUAGGCAAGCUGGCUGUAGCAUCCUACCAUAUCAAACCCAGCCUAUAUGCCUUUAAAUAACUGAAUGUUAACAUGUGGAAUAUGAACUAUGAUAAAGUUUAUGUUGGACCACAACAGUGGCCCGAUUUGUGAGGUUGAAUAGUCUCGCGAACAUCUGGUAGGUGGGUAGGGGUGUGCCUUUGGAGUAUCUCGGUGAAGUCGGUGUAGACUCAAGUGUGUGGCAGGGAUACGACCUGGUCAAGCGAGGCGGAGGACCC